GCCUUGUUGAGGGAGGUCCUGUAUCUUGAGUUCAAGUCACGAAAGGGGCAAGAAUGCAAGCUGCUCCUUCCUUCUUUCUCCUCUGUGCCUUCCGCUUGAACUAGGAGUCGCCUUCCCGCCCAUACCUCCAAGAUGUACUGUCGUUUCAUUGUGAAAACUUCUUCAUCCCAUUCAACGUCAGUCAUCCCACCAGCCUCUUCCAUCUCAUCCCACAUCAGUCGCUCCUCUUCCCAGUCUUUUCCCACGCGUUUAGACUUUCAGCAACAAAAAGGUCCCUGGCCACCACCUCUAGAUAGCGAUACACGGAAAAGAUGGCACACCGACUUCAAUCGAGCGGUCAAUCCAUCGGGCAGCUGCUAGCAGCAGUGAAGCAUGACGAAGGCAUCAACGAGGACCCAAAUCAAAGGACCGACGAACUCUCGGCCUAACAAGGAACCAAUGCCCUUGUACGCAUGGAUCCUUUCAAUCGAGAACUCAUUGAUCGAGCUCGUGCAUCCCUGGCGGCAGAAGGACAAGGAACUAUUGCACCAUCCGAUGAAGAUGAAGGGGCUGACUCUGACAUUGACAUGGCCGAAGAAGAGGAGAAUGUACCGGAACCCGAUGCCGAAGAGCUCUUUGCUACCGACGGGACGAUAAACCUCGUGGAGCAAAACGACCAGAACGUUGACCAUGGCGAGCAAGCCUCUGAAGUCCCGUACCACGAAAUCGUCAGACAAGUACUGGAGACGCCCCUCGAAACUGAGAAGCCCAAACUUCCGGACUUGGUAUGUCUAUGUCCCAAAUGCUUCGCGGACGAGAGGAUUGGUGAGCAACAGAAAGCAAGGGUGACGCACCUGACCCAGCAUGGCAGGGGCAAUUUUCAUGCAGGUUACUCUGCCUGGCAACGUCGACUCGAGCUGCGAAAGAAAGAGGACGAGACGGAGGGAUUUCGUCGUGAACUCUGCGUCUCAGUCGCGCCAGACGGUGCCGCCAUUGAAGACUUUGACACCAUCGACGCUCUAGAGGAGCAUGUGACACUAUUGGACUGGAACUGA